UUAUAGACAGUAUGCUGCUCUUUAAUCUGUAUUUUAAUCCUAUUUAGAUAAUAACUGUGUAUUUAUUUUAAAUUUCUCAGUAUGUACAAAGGCCUUUAAGUGAUUUCUCUCUUUAACAGGUUUGCUCCAGUCCACGUGCACAUGAAAAAAUGCAGAAUCUGACUGAAUUUCCACUCAAUGCAACAUCCCACAAAAGACUGUCUGUGAUAAUCAAAGUGUGUGUGGUUAUCCCCUUCUUCUGCGUCUUCCUCUGCUUCAUUGUCCUCAUGCUUCACAUCUUUGCAUCUCACAGGCAGUUUCUGGACACCUCACGCUACAUCCUGUUUGCCUACAUGCUAGUCAAUGACACCCUUCAGCUCCUGUCCUCUGUCUUGCUCUUCCUCUUUGUCAUGGGCCAGGUAAAAUUUGCCAUUGUCUACUGUGUUCCUCUGCUGUUCAUAUCCACAGUCACUUUCCAGAACACACCCUUAAUCCUGGCCACCAUGUCACUGGAGCGUUACGUUGCCAUCUUCUAUCCUCUCCAGUGCCCGGCCACCUGGCGCUCAGACCGCAUCUGGAUCAUUAUACUGUCUCUGUGGCUCAUCAGCUGUAUCUCCCCUGUCAUUGACCACUCCAUCGGGAAACGUUACCCUGCUGUGGAUGCCUUCUCUACCCCUGUGCUUUGUAAACCUGUCGUCAUCAACUUAUCUCCAAUCCAGACAUUAAUCAAAGUUGCUGUGAGUGUGCUCUUCUUUGCAGUUGUGGCUGUCAUCAUCCUCUUCACAUACAUGAGAAUCCUGCUGGAAACCAGGAAGAUGAGACAAGACCGAGUGUCUGUGAGCAAAGCCAUGCACACUGUGCUGCUGCACGGCUUUCAGCUGUUGCUGUGCAUGUUGGCCUACACUCUCCCCAUCACUGAAACUCUCAUAGUGCUGCAUGCCAACUGGCUACCAGAAGACAUCGCCUUUUUCAAUUACUUCUGUUUCAUCCUCAUUCCACGCUUUCUCAGCCCGCUCAUCUACGGUUUUCGGGAUCAGAGUCUCAGGGUCUACAUUGGGAAAACUUUCCUCUGCUGCACAAACAAGGUCAAACCACGUGUCAGAGGCAAACCGCAGGACUGCUUUUUAAACUGACUGAUUUAGUUUUGACACAGCUCUUAAAUAAAAUAUACAAACGACAAAAGAUGUAUUUGUCAUGUUUAAAAUAUUUUCUUUAUAUAGAAAUACAACAAAUGAUUAAGUUUCAUAAUAAUCUGAAGAUUUACAAACUAUAAAACAUUUAUAAAUAAAUAUCUAAACCAUAAGAAAUAAUUAAAACAAUCCUGUAAGGCGUUGUCACCCUUGGGGACCCAAAUAUUCAAAUUAUGUGUGAAAAUGUGUACUUUCUUUGUCAUAAUUUAACUAUGAAUUUGAAUAAUACUGCAUUUCUGUGCAGUUUUUAUAUUUGCACUUUCUAUGACAGGGAAACUAUACAGAACAGAUAUCAAUAUACGAUGUAAUUAUUCUUUGAUUGUACAUUUUUAUGCAUGCAUGUCAUACACUUAGUUAUAAAAUGAUGCAUUUAUUUGUUUUGGGGGAAAAUAAUAAUUUUUAAUAAGUUGUUCCCUAUAAUUUCAUUGUAUGCUGGUUUCUUGUGUUAUUUUCCAACAAAUCAAAUUACU